CCUCGACCACCAACAACCAGCCACCACCACCACCACCACCCUUACUCUACGAAGCCAUACAUAGCAGCAACAUCACACUCGCUAUCUAUUGCAGCCUGAAGAAUCAACAGACUUUUGACUUACGUAACAAUGAUGGAUCGAGACCGCGAGAGAGACCGGGAUCGAAGGUUUGUCAAGCCGACACCAUUGGACGACCGAUACUCGAACACGUAUAGACCACGUUCACCGCGACCCCGAACCCGUUCACCUGCACCUCGCGCGGAUAGCUACCGCGCAGGUCGAUCACCGCCUCGUCGCAGCUCUCCUCCGCCACGACGAGGAUCACCACCUCGCCGUGGUUUAGCAUCUGCCGACACAUACACUCCCGGAGGCAACAGUCGCCCGCCCCGGCCUAGGAGCCGCUCGCCAGCGUUUCGGAGACGAUCACGCAGUCCGCGCCGCGAUGACAAUUGGAGGGCAAGGCCACGUUCGCCGCCCCGCCGCAACUUCUCGCCACGACGAGAGGACUAUAGGAAUGACCGCGCUCGAUCGCCCAGGAGAGAUGGGUACGAUUCAUACACGCGCUCGCCGCGACCGCGCGACAGGUCACCACCGCCCAGGACACGCGAAGCUUCGCCAGCUAGGAGCCGGGGGAUGCGUUCGCCUGUGCGAGCAAGCCGAUACGACGAGCCGCGCUCGCGCAUCAACAGCCCGCGACGGAACUCACCUCCUCCGCGAGACAACCGCGACUUUCGACGCCGCUCGCCCUCGCCCAGACGCGAGCGCACCGAUCCAUACACCGCAGAUACAUGGCGAAGCCGUAGGUCGCCUUCCGCCAGGCCUGCAUACACCUCAAACGAGGCCUCGGGCAUCCAGUCUGCAGCGACUUCCCGAAGAUCCUCUCCCCGUCCCAGCGUACACCCCAGCAGAGCUGCUCUUGUAGAGGACAGACCGGCCAGAGAGCCUGUUUCCGCGCCUAGAUCGCCAUUUCGCGAGCGCGAGAGCAGCAGAGCUCCCCGCGACAACUUCCGCGAGCGCGAAAGGGAGCGGUCGCCUCCUCGACGCAGGGAUGCCAGCCCUGUUCGAGACAGGAGUCCCCCACGGAGAAGGGAUGCCAGCCCUCCCAGAGGACCACGGGGCGACAGAGACAGGGAAUUCGCACCACCUACUGGCCCUUCGUCUGCCCGCCGCAACGGCGAUGGGGAGUUCUCAAGGGCACCGCCAACAGGGCCGUCGAGCCGUAGCUACCCUUCGCCGGCCAUCUCGCCGCCUGCCGGACCUGCAGGCUUAGCAUCGACGGCACCACCAGCAGGACCGCGAGGCGGUAAUCCCGCGCUCAGUGCGCCUACUAGGCCACGCGGUGGGGGGCGAGGCGGCUACCCGUACGACUCACCGCGCGACUUCUCCGGCCCAGCUCGCCGUGGGUCCUGGGGCGCUGGCUCUCGCGGCGGCGGCGGUGGGUUCCGCGGUGGGUUCCACGACGGCCCUCCUUCUGGUCCUCGCGGCUCUGUCAGCGGCCCAACCAGCUUCUCGGCUACCUUCCGCGGCUCCAGCAACUCGACCGCCACGACAUACCCACGCACUAUGCGCUUCCGUGACCAUCUCGCAGACCUACCAAAGGAGAUUCCCGGCGGCCAAAAAGCACCCGAGGUGUAUGACAAGAGCAAGAUCCUGAGACUUGAAGAGGAAGCAAGAAAACUACGUGAGAUGAUCGAGAAGAAGGAAGACGCGAAGAGGGCAAAGCUGAGGGAGUGGGACGCACUGGAGAGGGAUGCGGAGACGGCUCAGCUUCGCGUCGACCUGGCAGAGCAGUCGUUGCGGAACCUGAAUGGCGAGACGGAGGUUAGCGGCGCUGCUUUCUAGUGUUGAGCACACGUCGCACUCUCGGUUUGAGCACACGGAGCACACGGAGCACACGGAGCACUCUGACGAUGCGAAGAGCCAGACCGAUUGUACUUGGCGUGUUUUGUGUACGAUGGGCUGGAAAAGGCUUCUUGCAUAUGUCGUUCGGUUGGUAGCAUUGCGCCGGCGCUGGGACUUGGCAGCAUUGGCUGCAUAUUCGGAAUCACACCCACGUGUUUCAAUCAUCUCCAUUACCAGAUCCUUCGAAAGUCGUGUGAAGCCAACGCGGG